UUAGCUCUUGCCCAAAAAAAAAAUCAAGAAAAAAAGAGUAAACAAUAACAAUGUCGUUCUCAAAAUCUCAUUCAGUCAUCACCCGGUGAAUUUAUAGUUUUGCGCCUAACCCCUCGCCUCCUCACCACAUCCAAAACCUCCAUUUCUUUCUCUCUCCUUGCCUUCAUUUGCUCCCCAUUUCCCCUUCUUCAUCCUUCCUUUCCAUCUUUUUUCUUUAUCCAGAACCAUAAAUUAGGGUUUUUCUUUUCAAAUCGCACACCUUUUUCUCUUACUUUUUCCCCUUUCUCUUUCACUUCCAGUCAAAAUUGCUUCCAGUAGAUCUGUGCUCCAUUUUUUUCUAGCUCAAGCUUCCUGAUUCUUCGCCAUGUUUUGGAAGCUCAGUGCCUUGUCUGCUUCAUCGCCUGUAAGUUUCAACUUCCAUUUUUAAAAUCUAAAUCCCGAUUUUUUUUUUCCUUUUAACUUUGUUUGUUUAUAGCUUAAUAACCUCAAAUGUAUCCAAUUUUUGAUCUGUUUGUUACAGUUUGCUCUUAAGCUUUCCAAGAACAAUUUUUUAAAAUUAGUGUUUUUAGUUUGCUUAUUUUUUCCGAUGACCAUGUGGUUAUGUUUGUAUUUGGUAUACUUGGGAUAUUUAAAUCUAUAAAGUUGACUAUAGUAUUUGUUGGAUGAGUGCUGAAGUGAAGAGGAGGAUUCAAGUUUGUUUUUUUUUUUGUUUUUUUUUUUUGUUUUCUUAGAUUAACUAUUGAUGACUAGCGUGUUAUGAGCUAUAUCACUUCCUCUUCAAUUUUUUGUUGGUUAUUUGAAUAUGUUUGAUGACAUCCUUUUGCUGGACCAAAGUCCAACGUUGGGCUUAUACAUAAAAUAUUUAUGUCAUUAUAUAUAAUUAAAAUUGUCAAUAUACCCUACUUAAAUGAUCUAAUUAAAACUAAAGGGUUUGAGUUUAAAUAUAUCAAUAGGUAUACCCUACUUAAAUGAUCUAAUUAAAACUAAAGGGUUUGAGCUUAAAUAUAUCAAUAGGUUGUGGGCCUUAAAUGUGUAGAGACUCGUUUUAUGACUGAGUUUAUGACUGAGUUCUAUGAUGGGCUGAAUGCCAGUCACAAGUUCCUAGGUUAUACAUAUUCCUUUUCUCCUAUUAUCCCGAGAAAAUAAGAGUGAUAACAUAGAAUCAGGUAUUCAAUUUUCUCUUGUAAGUUUGUUCUUCUAAUUCAACAUAAUCGAUCCUGUUUGUUAGUAAUGGUAUUCACCAUUGUUUUGUCCCAUCAAGUGGUAUCAGUCGCCUUUUUAUGAUGAGUUUUAGGACAAUUUUAUGUUGUUGCACCAUUUUUAAUCGAUUAAUUUGGAAUUUGAGUCACUAUUAUGCUCAGUAAGUUUUAUUCAAUUAAUUUUUCUUUUCGUCUGUUGGAGAAUUAACAAUCAGAAAUUGGUCUUUUUUUUCGAAAGAUAAAGCUACUGGAAUUACUCAUGUUACUUUCUUUUAAACCUAGGCCAUAAUUGUAAAAUAUAUGGAGAAUCAAAUAGUUUUUCUCAUAUGGCUUAAUCGUUUUUUUAAUAAUAAAUGUUUCCCCUAUUGUUCAGGGAAUUUAGUUUUUUUUUAAGGAAAUUCAGUUGUUUUUUUUAAUUAAGUAUCCAUGUCGAAUAUGUAGGAGUAUUCAUUUUAAUUAGUUUCCUAUUUUUUUAGGGAAAUCAAUUUAUAUUUAAGUUUAAGAUUAAGCAUUUAGUUUGUUUUAAGGUCUUAGAAUCAGUUAAUAUUAUUAUUUGGUCGAUGUUUCCUAUUUUUUAGGAAAUUUGUUUUUUUAGGUGUUGGAAUCAAUUAGUUGUUGGGUAAUUGCCACGAUUUGCCUAAGAUUAUUAAGCUCCUUAUUUUUGGAUUAUGGUUUCUUCAUCCAUUUUUAAUGAAGAUAUUUUAGGAAAUCAAUUUGUUUUAAGCUUUGAGAAAUACGGUUUUUUGAAAUUAUGUUUUUUCUAAUUGCUCUCGUAUUACAAUAAUUUAAAUUGUAAAAAGGGAUAUUCGGAAUAAUUAAAGUGUAAAUAUAGUAUGCUUUUAUAUAUACCGGAGGUAAUUUAGUAGAUACAAUAAGUCGCCGAAGUGAUCUCUUUUAUUGAAAUUAAAUUAUUAACAGUAUAAAAGGAUAGAUUCACAAAAAUUAUAUUAUUAUCAAUCGGCUCAAAAGAAGGUCCCUAAUAAUAUACUUGUGUGAAUUUUUUCGGGUGAUGAUAAACAUGUGAUAGUUAUAAGGAUUACAUAUGAUUAUUUAAUCGGACCAAGAAGGUUUUAUAAUCGAUGUGUUAUUUAUUAUCAAUGUUAGAUUACUGCAACAAGUUGUCACUAAGAAGUUAGUAUUUUCAUCCAAAGAUGGAAUAUUAAUGAAAAAUCGAUAUCUUGUAAUGGAAUGUUACUAAAUUAGACUUAUUAUUAUUGGUUUUAGAAUUAAAGUUUGUGACAUUAUUAAGUUUAUUUUCUUGUUCUUUUUCAGUUUAUCUAAUCCUGUUAAUAUUACUUUUAACAUCUAUUUAAUUCUUUAUUAAAUGGCUCAUAUUUUAAAGAAUGGAAAGAAAAUCUUUCGAUUGUUCUUGGAGUUAUGGAUCUCGACUUUGCGUUAAGGGUUGACUCUCCCACCCUAGUUACUGAUUUGAAUACCUCUGAUUAAAAGAGGAAGUUUGAAAGGUGGGAGAGAUCAAAUCGCAUGUGUAUGAUGAUUAUCAAAAGGGCCAUUCUUGAAGCAUUCAGGGGUACAACUUCUGAUGACAUAACUACAGCUAAAGCUUUCCUUACGAAUAUUGAAAAAUGGUUUGUCAAAAAUGAAAAGGCUGAAAUUGGUACAAUUUUGAUGACCUUAAUUUCAAUGAGAUAUAAAGGUAAUGAUAAUAUUAGGAAGUACAUAAUGAAAAUGUCUCAUUUAGCUUCGAAACUAAAGACACUAAACCUGGAAAUUUCUUAGGAUCUAAUAGUGUACUUGGUUCUGAUAUCUCUUCCUGCAAGUUUUAAUCAGUUUAAGGUGAGUUAUAAUUGUCAGAAAGAGACCUGGUCUCUGAAUGAGCUCAUCUCACACUAUGUACAGGAAGAGGAAAGGUUAAAGCUAGAAAAGACUGAAAGUGCUCAUCUUGCCUUUACCUCAAAAUCUAAAAGGAAAAGGCCACAAAAGAAAAAAGCUGCAGAUAAGGAUUCUCAAAAGAAACAACAAAAGGAUAGAUCAACCAAUGUUGAAAAUAAGGGUUGUUUCUUUUGUGGAAAUCCUAAUCACAGGAAGAAGCAAUGCAACGAUUACCACGCUUGGCGUGCUAAGAAAGUAAAUAAGUGGAAGCAGAAGAGCUGGUCAAACAGAUGGAAGCAAUUCACAAGCAAGUUCAUACCAAUCUGGAGGAGACUAACAGAAAGUAUAAAAUGCAAGUUGAUAAACACUUGAAGGCAAGGCCACCAAUCAAGGAAGGUGAUCAUGUAUGGGUGUACCUCAGGAAGAAUAGAUUUCCACAGCUUAGGAAGAAUAAACUCCUACCAAGAGCCAUAGGCCCAUAUCCAGUCUUAAAGAAAUAUGGAGACAAUGCCUUUGAGAUCCAGCUGCCUGUAGAGUACAACGUCUCCCCUAUCUUCAACAUAGGAGAUCUUACCUUGCACAAACCUGAUCAACAAUUGGGGACAAUUCUUUUUCAAGGGGGAGGAGUUGAUGCAGAUGCAUCAGGCAACAAAGCCUUCUCAAACCACAUGCAAGGACAAAACAAUACAAGUGACUCAUUAUCUACGCCAAUUAGUCAACAGGAGCAAGAGACCAGCAAUGAUACUUUCCACACGUCAGGCAUAGACCCAAGAACACUCAAAGAGACUAAGGAAACUCAACACACCAUAGAAACCAGCAUAGUGGGUGCAAAAGAACCAACAGACAACAGAGGAAUCUGACGACCAGCAGACUUUGCUGACUCUCCUGAGCACGAACCAGAGGCACCUGGACCCUGAGGAAGACCGGAAUGUCAUCUCUCUACAUGGGCCAAGACAUAGAGGGCCCAGAGUCUCAAUAACAAUCCACCAGGAAGCCUGUAGGACACAUUGAAGAACGGCUGGUCAGCAGAUUAGGAAAAUCAGAAAAUUGACUAAGUGUUGGCCUUUCUGUUUGCAUUCUGUUUUGUUAGUUAGAACACAUAUAUUAAGCAAGUCCAUUUGUAACGGCUAUAUAUACGAAUGCUCUCAUGUAAUAGGAGACGUUUUUCAUUUUGAUCAAUAUACUGAGGUAUUUCAAAA